AUGUCCACCAAUGGUAGCCAAGAGCUGCUCUCGCCGCGAAUUGCCAAAAGCGAUGCCUUCCAGGCCGACUCGAUCACGGCCGCCUCGCCAAAGGCGGAAUCGAGUCGGCUUAUAGCGAAUGGAGAAGACGUUAUCGUGCCGGCAGACGAGCUGGAGGAUGAUCUUGCCGAGUCAGCAUCAGCGUUUGGUGGGCGCGCGUUGCCAUGGUGCGAGCCGUGGCUGUGGUCGGUGGUUAAGGUGCUGCUGCUCGUGCUGCUCUGGUACACCUUCAGCAUGGCGCUCUCCCUGUACAACAAGGUGCUGAUCGGCGAGAAGCACGGGCGCUUCCCUGCACCGCUGAUGAUGACCACCUUCCACUUCCUGCUGCAGGGCGCCAUCGCCUCGCUGCUGCUGCGCUGCUUCUGCCAGUCCUGGCUGCCCGCCACGCCCAUCUCCUGGCGCGACUACUUCCUGCGAGUGGUGCCCACGGCAGUGGCCACAUCGCUUGACAUCGCCCUCUCCAACCUCUCUCUCGCGCUCAUCACCCUCACCUUUUACACCAUGUGCAAGUCCAGCGCGCCUGUUUUCCUCCUCCUCUUCGCCUUCCUCUUCCGCCUGGAGACGCCAAGCUUCAAGCUGCUGGGCAUCAUGCUCGUCAUCUCCGUCGGGGUGCUCUUCACAGUGGCGGGGGAGACGGAGUUUGAGCUGCUGGGAUUCAUUCUAGUCAUGGUGGCAGCAUUUGUGUCGGGUCUCAGAUGGGUGCUGCUGCAAGUGCUGCUGCAGGGGGACAAACUUGGUCUCACCAACCCGCUGCUCACGCUGGCCUAUCUGGCGCCCGUGAUGGCGCUCGUGUGCGGCGUCUUCUCACUGCUCCACGAGCCCUGGUCCGCGCUCACCUCGUCGCCCUACUUUGACACGUGGCAGCACACCCUCUGGAGCUUCGCCAUCAUGCUCGUGGGCGGCAUCCUCGCCUUCUGCAUGAUCAUGGCAGAGUUCCUGCUGGUGCUGGAGACGAGCGCCGUCACCUUCUCUGUGGCCGGCACCGUCAAGGAGGCCGCCACCAUCCUCGUGUCGCAUGCGGUGUUUGGCGACCGAUUCACGCGCAUCAACCUGCUGGGCAUCCUCAUCAUCAUGCUCGGCGUCUCCCUCUUCAACCUCUACAAGGUGUCGCGCAACAAGGCACGGGAGUCUGACGGCCAUCUGGUGCACACGCUCAGCGAUGCACCCCUUCCUGACCACCCGGGCAUGUCCUCCGAGCAACUGCAGCUGCUACACCACCCCCCCUCGCCCUCCUCCUCCGCCCCCCAAGCAUAUCCUCUCUCUCCCCGCGGCACCCGGGACUCCACGCACGUGCUGCUGGCCACCAGCAUGAGCCCUCGUGCCCACGCCCACACGCGACUCACCUCCCCCCGUGCCCAGGGUAGCCCAGCAGGCAGUGCAGCGUUUGAAGUGGCGGGCAGCACCUCUGACUUGAGUGCAGUGACUCGUGCAGGCAGUGCUGAUGGCAGUGCUGAUGGCAGGGGAACGGGGCUGACAACAUAUGAUGCCGUCGAGAUGGAAGCAAUCUCCAAAGGGGAAAAGCAAGCGCAAGUGUAG